CGCCACUUCCCAAACUUGGGCUCCCUGCGCCUAGCGGUCGGAGGAGUCGGCGUGGCCCCUUGGCUCGGGAAAGGGGUGCCGCGGGGACGGGCGCGGAGAGGGGCCACCGUGGAGAGCCCAGUCCCGGCCCGGCCACAGCGGACCCAGCGACCAAAGGCUCCUGCUGCUUCCAGCCCAGCGGCCCCGCCUGACAGCCCCAGGACCCUGGCCGGGGGAUACUCCUGCCACAGGACAGGGAUGGAGAGGCCGCUCGGCUCUGGCCUCUGCGGCUGUUUGGCUGUGCUCAUCCUGCUGCCAUCCCUGAGCCUGGCACAGUAUGACAGCUGGCCUUACCAGCUCCAGUACCCCGAGUACUUCCAGCAGCCGGCACCCGAGUACCACCGGCCUCAGGUGCCCUCAGACGUGGUCAAGAUCCAGCUGCGCCUGGCGGGCCAGAAGAGGAAGCACAACGAGGGCCGCGUGGAGGUCUACUAUAACGGCCAGUGGGGCACGGUGUGCGACGACGACUUCUCCAUCCACGCCGCCCACGUCGUCUGCCGGGAGCUGGGAUAUGUGGAGGCCAAGUCCUGGACUGCCAGCUCGUCCUACGGCAAGGGGGAAGGGCCCAUCUGGUUGGACAAUGUCUACUGCACGGGCAGCGAGGCCACCCUGGCAGCCUGCUCCUCCAACGGCUGGGGAGUCACCGACUGCAAACACACAGAGGAUGUUGGUGUGGUGUGCAGUGAGAAAAGGAUUCCUGGGUUCAAAUUUGACAACUCAUUGAUCAACCAGAUAGAGAACCUGAAUAUCCAGGUGGAGGACAUCCGGAUCCGCGCCGUCCUCUCAGCUUUCCGCCAUCGGACCCCGGUCACGGAGGGCUACGUGGAAGUGAAGGUGGGCAAGGCCUGGAAGCAGAUCUGCGACAAGCACUGGACGGCUAAGAAUGCCCACGUGGUCUGCGGCAUGUUCGGUUUCCCUGGCGAGAAGACUUACAACACCAAGGCCUACAAAAUGCUCGCCACACGGAGGAAGAAGCGUUACUGGCCAUACUCCAUGAACUGCACCGGCACAGAAGCCCACAUCUCCAGCUGCAAGCUGGGUCCCCAAGUGUCACGGGAGCCUGUGAAGAAUAUCACCUGUGAGAAUGGGCAGCCCGUAGUGGUCAGCUGUGUGCCUGGGCAGGUCUUCAGCCCUGAUGGACCCUCGAGAUUCCGGAAAGCCUACAAACCAGAGCAACCCCUGGUGCGGCUCAGAGGCGGUGCCCAGGUCGGGGAGGGCCGAGUGGAGGUGCUCAAGAACGGAGAGUGGGGGACAGUGUGCGACGACAACUGGGACCUGGUGUCGGCCAGCGUGGUCUGCAGAGAGCUGGGCUUCGGGACUGCCAAGGAGGCCGUCACUGGCUCCAGGCUGGGGCAAGGGAUCGGACCCAUCCACCUCAACGAGGUCCAGUGCACAGGGAACGAGAAGUCCAUCAUCGAGUGCAGACUCAACACCGAGUCACAGGGCUGCAACCAUGAAGAAGAUGCAGGGGUGCGGUGCAACAUCCCCACCAUGGGCUUCCAGAAGAAGGUGCGCCUGAACGGGGGCCGAAAUCCCUACGAGGGCCGGGUGGAGGUGCUGACAGAGAGGAACGGGUCCCUGGUGUGGGGGACGGUGUGUGGCCAGAACUGGGGCAUCGUGGAGGCCAUGGUGGUCUGCCGGCAGCUGGGCCUGGGGUUCGCCAGCAACGCCUUCCAGGAGACCUGGUAUUGGCAUGGAAAUGAUGGCAACAAAGUGGUCAUGAGUGGAGUGAAGUGCUCAGGAACGGAGCUGUCCCUGGCACACUGCCGCCACGAGGAGGACAUAUUCUGCCCCCAGGGUGCAGUGCAGUAUGGGGCCGGAGUCGCCUGCUCAGAAACCGCCCCCGACCUGGUGCUCAACGCGGAGCUGGUACAGCAGACCACCUACCUGGAGGAGCGGCCCAUGUCCAUGCUGCUGUGUGCCCAGGAGGAGAACUGCCUCUCAGCCUCAGCCGCACUGGUGCAAACCAACGAGGAGCUGGCCCGCCACUACCGCCGCCUGCUGCGAUUCUCCUCCCAGAUCCACAACAAUGGCCAGUCCGACUUCCGCCCCAAGAACGGCCGCCACGCAUGGAUCUGGCACGACUGUCACAGGCACUACCACAGCAUGGAAGUGUUCACCCACUACGACCUGCUGAGCCUCAAUGGCACCAAGGUGGCCGAGGGCCACAAGGCCAGCUUCUGCUUGGAGGACACAGAGUGCGAAGGAGACAUCCAGAAAAGUUACGAGUGUGCCAACUUUGGGGAGCAGGGCAUCACCAUGGGCUGCUGGGACAUAUACCGCCACGACAUUGACUGCCAGUGGAUCGACAUCACCGACGUGCCCCCUGGAGAAUACCUGUUCCAGGUUGUCAUUAACCCCAACUACGAGGUCCCAGAGUCAGAUUUCUCCAACAACAUCAUGAAGUGCAGGUGUCGCUAUGAUGGCCACCGCAUCUGGAUGUACAACUGCCACAUAGGUGGCUCCUUGAGUGAGGAGACAGAACAGAAGUUUGAGCAGUUCAGCGGACUCUUAAACAACCACCUCUCCACACAGUAAGGAAGCCUCGGGGUCACCUCCUGUCAUCGGGUCACACCGCAUCUUCCGGCGGGCCGACCAGACUCAGCUCAGGAGGAAGGUGCAUCCUCGUUCACCAGGUGCUGCUGCAGCCCAGCCUCCUCGGCCUGGGCUGACCUCGGGGCCAGGGGCUCGGCCUUGGGGCUGUGGGAGCAGUGCCAGAGCCAAGCUUGCCCAGGACUCCGGGUGACACACAGGCUGGCAUCAGCUCUCGGCAGCCGAGCCACUGUCCAUCCCGCAUGUGAUGCCACCGGGUUGCGCACAGACCAUACGGGCCAUUUCCUGCUGCGGUUACAAGGGGCACCGGGCAGCUGGGAGCCCCAAGGCGGCCAGGCUGAAUCCCGCAGACUUGAACACAGACCUCUCUUCCAAGUCCGCCAACUGCCUCUGCUCAGUUAAGUGCCACCGUGAAGUGCAGUAGUCCACCCUUAUCCAUGGGGAUCCACUCCAGGACCUCAGUGGAUGCCUGCAACCACAGUGCCAGACCCUAUACAUAACACUUCUUCCCAUACCUAUGAGAAGAUCUUACUUGGGCACAGUAAGAGAUUAGGACAAUUAGCAAGUAAUGAAAUCAUUGUGACAAUAAUAAAGGUUUCACACAUGUGGCCUCUCUCCAAAAGCACCCUACUGUGCUUUCACUUUUUCACCUAAAGGAAGCAUUUUCCAGUUUUUCUUUGGCAUAUCUGAAUUGCCAGGCCAGCAUCAUGACUCUUGCACUUGGAGGCCAUUUUUCAGUAAAAUAAGGUUCAUUUAACACAAGCCUUGAGAUACCAAGACAGUGGAUCUGAUGAGAGAGAUGGCACUAGGUGGCUAACAGGUGGAUGGCGCAUACAGCGUGGAUGCACUGGGCAAAGGGAUGAGGCUUGUCCCAGGUGAGACACAGCAGGAUGGCGUAAGAUUUCAUCAUGCUACUCAGGACAGUGUAAAAUUUAACUCCGGAAGCGCUUCUUUCUGGAAUUUUCCACUUAAUAUUUUUGGACCACAGUCAACCUGAAACUUCAGAGAACAAAAGCGUGGACAAGGGAGGACUGCUGUAAUGCUUCCAUGGUUUCCCAUUAGGUGCACUCGGAUUGGUGCUGAUUUUGUUGGUGCUCCUCUCCACCCUCUCUUGCUUCUCAAGAUACCAUUAUUCUAUGUUCACAGCCUUUGAAACAUAAGUCAUUUAGUGGCAUUUAACAUCGGGCAUCUGGGCCUUCAAAAAUAUAGCUCCAAAGAAAAACCA